AUGGUUGGCACAAGGAGCACCACGUCCGCGAGAAGAGCCAGAGGGUCGGCGGCCAGGGGAAGCGAUGAAGAACCUGACGUUUAUCAGCAGAUGCUGACCGAGGCCGGAGUCGCGACAGGAAGCGAAAGCCCCGCGGAACGGCCCUUGAAACGGAGGCGACCAACGACGCGGGUAGGAGGACAGCCGGCUUCCACCCUCUCGGUCGGUCAGGAUAGACCCUUUACAUCCGGAGACGCCGAUGUCAAAGGUCAUGGCAGCGACGACGACAGCGGCGACAUAGAGUUCGAAGAUGUCGAGAUGCCAGAGCCGACGGUUCAGACGAUGGAGCUAAACUCGGACGAUGAUGGCGACGACGACAACGAAGAGCUGGAAUUCGAAGACAUAGACUUUACUUCCGCACCGAAAGAGAAGCACGCAGACAAACCUGCAGAGCUGGAGCUCAAUCUUUCUGCUCAGCAAGCGGCCACAACACCGAUGAAGAGGGCUGCAGAGCGACGCAAGCCAAUCAGCAAAGAAGAGAGAGAAAUGCGGAUUGAGAUCCAUAAGAUGCAUCUUCUAUGCCUCCUGUCGCAUGUUUCGAGGCGGAAUCACUGGUGUAACGAUGCCGAGGUUCAGAGAUCCCUGCGGCCGCACCUGACGGAAAAGUCAAUCGACUAUCUGAACCCAUCAUCUCGUCUGACGCAAUUUGGGCAAGCCGAGAGUCUCAAAACUGGCUUGAAGCAAUCGGGGGAGCUGUGGAAAGCGAGGUUUAAAAUCAGGGAGAGAGGUCUACGGAGAGCGCUCUGGGCGGAAGAUGCCGAGCAAUUGAAGGAUUACGAACCGCCAGCCGAUAUGGACUCGUGCCUGGACCGAAAAGACUUCCGAGAAGCGGCGAGGAAGCUGCAAGGUAGUCGUGAUGCGGGAGCACAGCUGUACUGUGCACUGCUGAGAAGCGUAGGGGUUCGUGCCAGGCUCGUCUGCUCGCUGCAACCACUCUCCUUCCUCUCUGCCUCUCCCACGCUCCCAAAAGCUCAGAAAAAAGCCAAGGCUUCCAAGUCGCAAACCGAGCGGCACCGCGACGCUGUCGCAAAGUACCAAGCGUUGACCGACAAGGUCAGCAGUGCGUCGUCCUCCAGCGGCUCGACCGUUCGACGAAGAUUGGGCCAUCCCAAUGCCACGGCGUACAAUUUUCAACCCCCACCGCCAUCUCCAAGAGCGCAACAUACGUUCGAAAAUCCGGUGAAAAUCCAUGAGUCUCCAUAUCCAGUGUACUGGGUUGAGGUCCUGGAUAUUGGCCACCAAAAGUGGCAGCCGGCGGACCCGGUUGUUUUGCAUUCAUUCUGGAAGCCUUCAUUAUUCGAGCCACCGAUUUCCGACAGAGAGAACUGCCUUUCCUACGUUGUCGCCUUCGACGAGGAUGGGGUUGCCACAGACGUGACGAGGCGGUAUGCCAAAGCUUACACCGCCAAGACGCGCAGGUUGCGUGUGGAUCACGUUUUGAAUGAUGAAGGGCGGUGGUGGGGGAAAGCGACGAAGCUGUUCCGGCCGAGGAGGAAUACGGACCUGGACCAGAUCGAGAAUAACGAACUUGCCGGUGCCGAAGCCCGUGAGCCGAUGCCACGGAACGUGCAGGACUUUAAGGACCACCCUGUGUUUGCGCUCGAGCGACACCUGCGAAGGCACGAGGUUUUGGUACCCGGGGCGACACCGUCCGGAACGGUGGCCGCCGGCGGUCGCGGACCGUUGGAGAAGAUCUAUCGGCGACGAGAUGUCCGGAUCGCGAGGAGCGGCGACAAGUGGUACCGACUCGGCCGCGAAGUGAAGCCCAAUGAAAUACCGGCCAAGUGGCUGCCGAAGAAGGCUCGUCCGAAUGACUCGCGGUACGAGGGCGAGGACGCGCGGGCGGAUGAGGAUGCUGCCGGGACGCCGAUAUAUACGGUCGAUCAAACCGAGCUGUACGAGCCACCUCCUGUGCGGAACGGGCGGGUGCCGAAGAACAAGUUUGGCAAUGUCGAGGUCUUCGUCCCGAGCAUGGUCCCUCGGGGGGCCAUACAUGUGGUGCACGAACACGCCGUGCGGGCUGCUUGUUUACUCGGCGCCGAUUUCGCCCCCGCCCUGACGGGGUUUCAAUUUCAGGGUCGGCAGGGGACGGCCGUGCUGCAGGGCAUCGUCGUGGCGGCCGAGUUCGGGGAAGCGAUCCAAGCGGUGGUGGAAGGGCUAGGAGAUGUGCAGCAAGAGAUGGAAGAGCAACGGAGGAGUGCGAUCGCGCUACGGAUGUGGCGGAGGUUGCUCACGGGCCUGAGGAUCAGGGAGAGGAUAUGGAGCAACGUUGAUGAGGAGGAGAGGAAGGAGGCUGAUCGAAAGGCGGCAAUGGAUGCGGAACUGGACAAUGCCGAGAGCGACGUGACGGAGGAGUUUGGCGUCGAGGUCGAUGGGGAUGAUGAUCUUGGAGGUGGCUUCUUGGUCGAGUAG